AUGGAUAUCCCACGCCAACAACAGCCACUGCCGGUGGUGCACAAUGCCUACACACCCAAGGAAGCAAUCGAGAUCUCUUCCCGUACAGGUGCCUACAAGGCACACAUGCGUAUCGACAAGACCAUCAUCAGCAGUUUCAUGGCUGGUUGUCUACUUUCGUUCGCAGGUGCCUGUUACUCAGUCAUCAACACUUCCACCUGGUUUAAUGAGAAUGCACCUGGUGUCGUCAGAAUGCUGGGAGCCCUCAUCUUCCCCUUCGGUUUGGUCGUUAUCGUCAUGACUGGAGCAGAUCUCUGUACUGGCAGUUUCAUGUACACCAGCUUGGCUGCCCUCCAUCGCCGCACCUCUGUCCUGCUGAUGUUGAGACACUGGCUGCUGACCUUCUUUGGCAACCUCGCUGGUGCGCUGUUUGUUACCUGCGUUAUUGUGGGAUAUGGUGGUGUCUUGUCGGCACCAACAUACCGCAAGGAACUUUUUACUAUUGCAACUACUAAGGCUGUGACGCCUAUGUGGCAUCAGAUUUUCUUGAAGGCAAUUGGUGCCAACUGGCUGGUGUGUCUGGCUUGCUUCCUGGCCUGUUGUGCUAGAGAGUUCUUCUCCAAGGUGAUGGCUAUCUGGUGGCCUGUAUUCGCCUUUGUGCUGCUUGGAUUGGACCACGUCGUCGCGAACAUGUUCUACAUUCCCAUGGCUAUCUUCUUGCACCACCCUGACAUCACAGUCGGCUACUACAUCUGGAAGAGCAUGAUCCCCGCUGCUCUUGGUAACAUCGUUGGUGGCAGUGUUUUCGUAGCCUUCGUAUACUGGUACCUCUUCCUCGUCGGCGACACCUCUGAAAUCGUCAUCGAUGGCGAUUACUGGGAUGUCCAGAGCCGCUCAUCGAUCACUUCAAUUUCAGAAGACCCCCACACCACUCAACACCAGUCCAACAAGGAUGAUGGCAAGAUGGUUUAG